ACCCCAGGCACAUAAAAAAAGUGUUUGAUCGCAAUACGAAUUAUGGAGAGUCAUGGGGAGCCAUUAUCAACUUAAAGUUAUAUAGAGCGCACAUCUUUACUUUAUUUCAGAAACAAAAAUACUUGCGCAUGCGUAUUAUGUGCACUUACGUUUUUAUUACUUGUGGUCUACAACAUGGUUGCCUCGAAAAAAACGUUUUGUGACCAAAACAUUUUUCUCACCAGGUGUUAGAUUUUAAAUAAAUACCAAAAUUUACUGUAACCUAAAAUGAGUCUCUCUGAAAAAGAUCGGGAAAUACUACUCCAUGAAAUACAGCAGAUCCAGCAGACUCUUGAAUCAACUGGCCGUUCCUUUGGAACCUGUGCAAGUGAUGAAGACGAAGAAACAGUGCAAAAUUGGACUGAAUCAGAGUGGGGUCAGGAUUCGAAGGGUUUCUUUCAUGAAACUAAGGAUGAAGAAGAUCAGGAGGCAUUUACAACUGUGUCAAUUGCAUAUGACCCACCACAAAGGAUCUCAAAUGAAGAAGAAAACCACGACAACCUUAUUUCUGAAACUUCUAACUUGAUGCAAAACGAUCAACCACUAGUGACAAAUUUUUUACAAAACCUUGAAGAGAAUAAAAGAAAUUCAUCAAAUUCAGAGACUGUUUCAAAUAUACCAAUCAAAAACGAAAAUAUAAAAAGUGGUCUGACAAGAAAACUUAAGAAGAGAUUGGCACAGGACAGUCAAUUAUGUGGCAAUGCAUCAAAGGAAAAGGGUGUCUAUGAACAGUCAGCUGAUAAUGUUAAUCUGUUGCCUCUGGUAAGCUCAGCAGCAAAGAAGAAAACAGAACAGAUCAAUAUGUCAAACUUGUAUGUGGAACGCAUCUUUCGAGAUUACCGAAAAGAUAAACAUAAGCCGUCACCCUCAAUUGCUUCAAAAGGACACCAUGAAGGUCGCCUUGUAAAAAGUAGUGCAAGUUUGAGUACGCUUGAAAAUUUACUUCAAGUAAACAGACAAUAUCAGGAAGUUUUAAAAGAUGAAUUAAAAAAAGUUGAAUUGGCGGUAACAAGAAAUAGGAAAGCCCAGCACGAAUUAGCACAGAGCGGUUACAAAAAAGACAGUGCCUUAACAAUCAACCAACUGUCUAGAGCUUGUAUUGGUCGGUUUGGUAAUCCCUAUUUUAAAGACUUUGAUGGUUUGGGACCACCUGAUAAUGAAGAUACCAAGGAGAAAAAACGAAAUAUGCAAGCUGGUCCUUUUACCAAGCCUUCUAAACCAUGGAAGCAUUCAGAAACCGUGGAGCUACAAGAUGGUGUAUAUCAAAACAACUUGGAAAAACGUAUUGAACAUUUGAUGCAAAGGCUAAAGAAAAUUGAAAAAGAUUGUAAAGGAAAAACAAACGACGAAAAAAUGCUAAUCCGUAGACCUCGUACAGAAAUAUUGAAAAAAAUUACAGAAAUAAAAUCUCUUCCACGUGACGAGUUGUUAAAAGACGUGGUUGAUAUUGACUUUUUCAAGAUAUCAAAGCAUUAUGUGCCCACUCGAGAAGAUUUCGAAUGUCGUUUACAGUGGUACAAUGUUAUCCAUCCUUCUAUCAAUCAAAAAAAGUUCACUAAGGAAGAAGAUGCCAAGCUUAUCAAACUAGCAAAAAAAUAUGAAAAUCACCACUGGGAAGCUAUAUCGAAGGAGCUGGGAACUAAUAGAACACCGGUGCAGUGUUUGCAGAGAUUUCAGAGAACUUUGAACAAAGAAAUGAUAAAAACAACGUGGGAUGCAGAAGACGACGCGAAGUUAAAAGAAGCUGUGCGGAUAUAUGGUAAUAACUGGGUAGCAGUGGCAAAUCAUGUUGGCAAUAAACUCAGUGAUCAGUGUCUUAAUCGAUGGGAGAAAAGCCUAAAUCCGAAUAUAAAAAGAGGGAGAUGGACGGAAGACGAAGAUAAAGCAUUAAUAGCUGCUGUAAAAAAACAUGGAAUGGGAAAUUGGAAGGCGAUUAAACUGGUUGUACCAGGACGUACUGAUGCACAAUGUCGUGAAAGGUAUGUAUCAUCGCUUGACCCAAAUAAUGAUUUUUCUCCAUUCACAACAGAAGAAGACAAAAAAUUAAUUGCAGCAGUGAAAACGCAUGGGACAGGCAAAUGGUCUCAGAUAGCAAAAGAGUUUCCUGGGCGACGUGAUAGUCAAAUAUGGCGAAGAUACACCCAGAUAAAAUCAGAUGAGUAUUUUGCAUACCGUCGGGAAACCCAUUGGAAGAAAAAAUCUGUGAUAAAUUACUUUGGAAAGUUAGGCCGCAGAAGCGAAAAAAGAGACUACGAAAUUACGGAUUUAGAAGUUAACUACUCGCCCUCUGUUAACCCGGCGGAAGCAAAGAAAUUAAAACGAGCGAGAGAUAAGUUGUUGGAUGUUGGUCUAAAUGAAGAGGAAGCUACUAAGCAUCUUGCUCGUAUGCACUUCGACGGUGUGUUUUCAAAAUCAACCCUCAACUCCAAUCCUGUAUCCAGGGUUAAGGAGACAACAACGUUGGGAAGGCAACUGAAGGAACCCGUUAAAAUUACGCGGAAUUCUAUUGUAAACACGACCGACCCGGGCAACUCCUCCGCAAAUGAGGAACUUAACAUUGCAAAAGAUAUAACGCAAGUAAUAUCCUCUGUUGAUAAUCCCAGGAAAGAUCUUCCGUCAACGAAGCCAGCUUUGCUGCUGAAUACUAAAACGGAAAAUUUAGUUACAAUACAGAUACCGAAGGGAGUGUUUGGUCAGACUUCUCGUCAGAAAGUAUUUGUGUCAGGUUCUGAUUUGAAGUACAGCCAGGUGAAGAGAAAAUGUGAAAGUUUAGAAAAUGCACAUCGAGAGAUGAAAUUAUCAACGAGCGCUCUACAAAAAGAGUUGAACGACUACAGAGUCGUAAUUACCAAUGCAGUUAUUGAAGAAAUAAAGAAAAAGAAGUUGUUGGAACUUAUCGAGACGUGCGCAAAACAGGUGAAUACCGUCGAUAAUGAUAGAACAGAUAACCAGAACGCAAUCCUUAGUCAAAGUGAGUUUGAUAUUGUCAUUGAAACAGACCAGACUGUCUCCAUAAAACAAGAACCUGAGGAUAUUGACAGUAUCGAAAAAGACUUUAUUGAUUUCGACCUUGGAUCAAGGAAAAGAAAGAAUACCGACUCGACUGUACUUGCUGGAACUCUGAUAAAGAAGGAAAGAGUAGAGAGCGUUGGUCCUACUUCCCGGCCUUACGCAGUCACGCAGGUUGAUACGGAGAAGAAUGCAAAUACAAGCGGAGUCGUGAUGAGUGAUCAGCUGAAAACAUUUACUCUUUUGUUACAGGCGUUGCAUGUCGACACAGCUGGUGUAAUGAAAGCAUUACCACGAAAUAACCUGGCUGGUUCUUGUCCAUCAAACAACUCACUUUUAUCAAACGCGCCAUUUCCUACAUGCUAUCCUUUAUCUCCUACGGAAUCUUCCUUGCAUGGUUUCAGGACAUUGCUACUACAUAGGCGAGUCUUAGGAGACAUUGUUAACCGGCAUUAUGAGAACACCCAGCGUGACCUCGCAUAUCAAAGAACAAGAUCUUAUCAAGCUCUUAGGAACAGGUUUAGAAGUAUUUUUAUGUGGCCUGCAUUUUUAGCUACCUUCAUACCGAAACGUGUUGUCGAGACAAACACCGGUAACACAACUAGUGCUCAAUCCAGCAGGAGUCGACCAGGCUUAAACCCAAUAACAAUUAUUGAAGAUAACAGCAGCGACGAGGACAAUACAAAAGAUUCAAUUCAAAUAUAUAUAGAGAAAAGAAUGCGGGCAACGAAUAGGAAGUAUUUGAGGAAAAAAAUAUCGCUUUUACAACAGCAGAAACAAACUAUAUCAGAUACCAAUUAGCAGAAGCAACAUUAUCUUUGAAUAUGUAAAUACAAGAUGAAGAUUUUUUGUACAAAGAAAAUACUUAAAUUAUACACGAUACCACACACACACACAGUUUUCCAUUUCUACCGCUGUAUUUUCUUUUUUUGUUUUUGUUUUUUAGUUUUACUCAAUUUUUGUUAAUUUUCAUACAGAAGAAAUGCAAUUUUGUGAAAUUAUGGCAACUUAUGCGAUAUUGUUGAUGUUAAUUUUUUUGUUUUUUUGUUCGUAUAUCUUAUUUAUUAAACCAUAAAAUAUUUAGACAGCGUUUGUUCGAUAAGAAAAGCUAUAGUCAGAAAUAGAUUAUAUAUUAUUUGUA